GAUGGCGGCCGCCAUAACUCCGUGGCCGCCGUGCCCCUGGAGUGAGGCGCCCCUUCGCUGCACCUAAAUCACCGUGAGCCAUACAGGCAGAAGGGGGAGACACAAGUAAAGUUCGCAGUGUAGCCUACUGCCGACAUACCACUUCUACUACUCAGGAAAUACCUAGCCAGUUAAAGGGCUUUGCCAAGAGCAGCUCCGAAGAAAAGAGACCUAAUCAGUGGAACAGGCAGCAGCCAGCACCCCUCACUCAAGAAUAUCCUGGAACAAGCGUUAAGGAUGUACGCCUGAUGCCCGUCCCCACCUGACGGCACCGCCAUGGCCGGGGCACAGGGCUGCGGUGAGGGCAAGAUCGCGGGGCUGUACGACCUGGAGCGCACGCUGGGCAAGGGCCACUUUGCAGUGGUGAAGCUGGCCCGGCACGUCUUCACUGGGCAGCGCGUGGCCGUCAAGGUGAUCGACAAGAGCAAGCUGGCGGGGGAGGCGGCGGGGCAGCUCCUGCAGGAGGUGCGCUGCAUGAAGCUGGUGCAGCACCCCAACGUGGUGCGCCUCUACGAGGUCAUCGACACCCACGCCAAGCUCUACCUCAUCCUGGAGCUGGGCGACGGUGGGGACAUGUUUGACCACAUCAUGCGGCACGAGGGCGGCCUGGCCGAGCCGCGGGCCAAGCACUACUUUGCCCAGAUCGUCCAUGCCAUUUCCUAUUGCCACAAGCUCCAUGUGGUGCACCGCGACCUCAAGCCCGAGAACGUGGUCUUCUUCCAGGAGCAAGGGGUGGUCAAACUCACCGACUUUGGCUUCAGCAACCGCUUUCAGCCCGGCAAGAUGCUCACCACCAGCUGUGGCUCCCUGGCCUACUCGGCACCAGAGAUCCUGCUUGGGGAUGAGUACGAUGCCCCGGCUGUUGACAUCUGGAGCCUGGGAGUCAUCCUCUACAUGCUGGUGUGUGGCCACCCACCCUUCCAGGAGGCCAACGACAGCGAGACCCUCACCAUGAUCAUGGACUGCCGCUACACCAUUCCCCCGCACGUCUCGGCACAGUGCGCUGAUCUCAUCUCCAGGAUGCUGCAGCGGGACCCGAAGCAGCGAGCAUCCCUGGAGCAGAUCGAGGGCCACACGUGGCUGCAGGGGGUGGACCCGUCCCCUGCCAGCCGCUCCCUGCUGCCCCUCACCUCCCACAAGCGCGUGUCUGAGGAGGAGCAUGAGAUCAUCCUCCAGGCCAUGAUGUGCGGGAACAUCGCGGAUCGGGACACCAUCCAGGAGGCGCUGGAAGCUGACCGCUACAACCACAUCACGGCCACGUAUUUCCUGCUGGCGGAGAGGAUGCUGAGGGAGAAGCAGGAGAAGCAGGGCCACCGCCUCAGUCUCGUUUACAACCUGGCCAAGGAGGUACAGAGCAGGCCCAACUUGUCAGACACAUUUGGCUCUGCGGGCAGCGCCGGCAGCCUCCUGCCCUUCACGGAGAUAGGUGGCCUCGCUGGGGGGUCCCGGCUGCCCCCUGGAGGGGACAUUGGCGGCCGGCAGCCCACCGGGACCCUGCUGAAGGUUCCUGCCGUUGACACCACCAUCACCAAGAGCACCCCGGCCCUGCAGCAGAUCUGUGAGGAGGAAGAGGAGGACGAGGAGGAGGAGGAGAGGCCCAGCGCAAUGGAGAGGAAGAGCAGCUCUCUGAACCAGGAGCAGAUGCGAGCCUUCCUGCGCGCCCACCGCCCGCCCGGCCGCGGGGAGGUCUGGGGGCCAGGGGUUGAGCUGGGGGGCCGGGGCGGGCGCUCGGGGAUGCCCUGGGCUGGGAAGGGAGUGAGUGGGGGCCAGGGUCCCCCGGUGCUGCGGGGAAAUGGAAGUGAGCCCCCAAGGAGGGAGGAGGACACAGAGCCUGGGGGCUCCUCAGCAGAGAUCCCCAAGGAAAGGGGAGCCGUCCUGUCACCCCAGAGCAGCUCGGCUGAAGUUCCCCAGGUACUGGGGGCAGAGACAACUCCUGCCACCCUCCCAAGUCCUGCAGACACGUCCCCAGGCCAGGGGGAACAGAUCAGCCCGGCCCAGCAGUCGGUGGAGAGCUCAGGCCCUGAAGGGGGCGCAGAGAGUGUGAUCAAGCUGGACCCGGGCAAGAGCAAGGGGGGCAGCCUGCGGGACAGGCUCCUGCAGUUCCCUCUGUGCGAGAAAGCCCUGGCCUUCAAACUCCGGCCGGGCUCCAAGGAGAGCCUCUUGUCACUGGGGCAGUUCAACUGCUGCCAUGUCAUUUAAGGCCCCGGGACUGGCCCCGCUGUGGGGACUGGGAGGGCGCCCACUCCCCUGCCUUUGGUCUGUGGUGGCCGCGGGGCUAGCGGGUGGCACAGUGCCCUGCCAGCACCCGCCCCUGGAGCCCGCUAUGACAGACCAUCCCCUGGACAGGCCUGCCCAGGAUGAAGCAGACUGGGGUCCAUCCCAGCACCGGCCAGUGUGUCCCCAAACCUGUGGGACAUCUCCAUGACCCUGCCGGAAUGGGAUGGACCACAACACUUUUUUAACUACUAGAAAUAAUUUUUUUAAAUAGUCUAUUUUAAUGUAAUUAAAUAGAGAUUGCUAUAUCCUCCCCAGACCCCUCAGUGCCCCAGCCCCACAGUGUGCAUGGCCCGGGGCUGGGCUGUCCUGCCUGCAGCCCCCCCACCAGCCCUGGUCGGGGCCAGGCACAGCCUGGCCCAUGACCCCAGGCUGUCCCCUGGGCCCUCCCUGCAAAUAAGCUUCCUAUUUAUUAUCUCUUUGUUUUCUUGCUGGCAAGAAAUGAAUGACGACGGAGGCAUGGGCCGGAGCUCAGCCUGAGCCGUGGCACAUGCGCCUGGAAGGAUCGGAGCCGCUGGGAAGCAAAGUUUGUCAGGACAAUAAAAUAAGCUCGUGGGUUGA